GCAAGUGCACGAUUACGAGUGCUAAUAUAAAAAAGGAGUUCACCCCCUAGCAAUCCUACGUGUGAAAUCAACCACUCUUAUCCCAUCCGUCCAUCCACCCUCUCAUCCAAUCUGAGCCGUCCGCUGUACACCGUAGAUCUAUAUCCACAAGCGAUUUCGCCCGAUGUCAUCCCACCACGCGGUAACUGCGACGCGCAAAUCCCCGGUGCGAUGACGACUCCGCCUGCUCGCUCCGCGCCUCUCUCUCCCCGCUCGCGUCCUCGCUCUGCGCCUCCUCUCCUCGCGACGGUCCACCGCCGGACCAGCGACCUCGCCUCCUCGCUCCGCCUCAAUGCCGGACCAGCGCCGAGGCACUACCGCACUGCUGCCCACGGCCAGGCACGGUCCAGCCGCCUCUGACCGGCACCACAGCGCCUCCGCUGCUCGCAGGGACGCCGCCGCUACCCGCCCGGCUACCUCCGUUGCCGCCGCCAACACGCUAGUCUCCUCCUCCCUGAUCGAGAUCGAGUCGACACAUACACCACCAACCACCGGCCGGCCGCCGCGCACCGGCGAGCAGGAUGGGGAGGCCGCCGUGCUGCGACAAGGUUGGGUGAAGAAGGGGCCAUGGACGCCGGAGGAGGACCUGAUGCUGGCCUCCUACAUCCAGGAGCACGGCUCCGGCAACUGGCGCGCCGUGCCGACCAACACCGGGGUGAUGCGUUGCAGCAAGAGCUGCCGGCUCCGGUGGACGAACUACCUCCGGCCGGGGAUCAAGCGGGGGAACUUCACUGAGCAGGAGGAGAAGCUCAUCGUCCACCUCCAGGCUCUCCUCGGCAACCGUUCUCUACCAUAAUCGUGGUCCACAACAUAGCCGUGCUUUCUGAAUACUUUCAAUGGAUAGUCAACGAAGCUCUACACUACAAAUUUCUGCAAUAACAUGAGGGAUCAUAUGGAGGUGAUUUCACCAAUGAAAGAUGGAACAUUUAUUGAUUGGGAUAUUGUUGACAAUAUAUGGAAUCAUGCUUUCAGGUGAGUUGCUUUAUCUAUUUGAUGCAGAUCUGAGUAAUUUUGUGCCAAAAGUGCACGCCCAAAAAGCUGGCCACACUUGUGGCAAAACUUGUCUGAAAAAUAAAUCUAUGACAUGAGAGGCACUGGAGUAACCAGGUUUGGCACGCUGCUUAUGUGGUUCGCCAAACACUUGCCCGUUGCCGCAAAAGGCCGAACGUGCCUAACUUGUUUCUGGGGAAGUUUGGGAUGAACCAAACUCUAUCUUUAACAUAGUUUCUUUAGAAUCAGCAACAAAGUUAAUCUUCUAUGCCUCUAUGGAAUCUUUUGGAUGUCAGCAUGGUUACUGCUUUAUGCCCACCAUCUUUUCACCUUACAUAUUUAUUUAUGCUCUUCAAAUAUACUAAUAGUGAAAUCCCUUCUUAUGUGUACAACCGGAUAAAGUUGAUUAAAUACUAGGAUUUCCUUUGUAUGGCAUGGAGAUGCAACUACUGAAGUUUUUUGCUUUGUUAGCUUUUAUCCUGAGGAGCAUCCUAUGUUGAUAGUUGAACCAUCUACAAACACAGGGCAGCAAAGAGAGAAGUAUGUCCAUAUGUUCUGUAUUUAAAUUAAUUGUGUUGCUUAUGUGGUCCUAUAUCUAAAUUUAACAAUUCUCAAAACCUUUUUAUCUUUUUUGUAUCGUGGGUUGUCAAAAUAAGCAACUAUAGUAUUUCUACGUAAAACACCCAUAAAGGGUAUUUCAAUCGAAAUCCCAAAACAGGAUAUUGGUUCUUUCGCUUGCUCUUGAUGAUACUGUAAUGGAAUGGCAAACCUAUUUCUUCGCAUUUUGGCUAACAAAUCUGAAUUAUUUUGAAGAAUAGAAGGAUAGACAAAAUUCCAAUGACCAUUGGACAUGAUUCGAUCUGGCGUUGAAUAAUCAAGAAUUUCCCUAUCUUUUUUAACAAAAGUAUCCAUUAAGGUGUUUCUUUUAUCAUGCCAUUUUUGUUAUUUAUCAGUUUUUUUGGAACAAAAACAAUGUAUUUUCUUAGUUGAUGCUUUAUGCAGGUAUCUAUUGACUUUAAAGAUCAUGAAGGCAUAAUGCAUAUAUCAAGGCUUUGACAUGGUCUUCGUGCAAGAAUAAAAUGCCAUUUUGUGUUCGUCAACAAGUGUUAUUUAUUUUUAAUCAACAAUUGUUUGUCUUACUUCAGGUUCACUGAUCUAAUGUUUUAGUCUUGCACCUGUCACUUGCUAAUAAUGUUGUAACCUUGCUCCUGUCACUUGAUAGUAUUUCAAAUAAUUUCCAAUAUUAUUUGUGCAGAUUAUAUAAGGUCGCUUUAAGAUUACCAUGUUCAGAUUCUUCUGCCGGCCCUGUUAUUUACAUUAUGCAUUGGACUAUUGAGCCUGGUUGUUUUUGGAGGACCAGGGAGCAUGGCUGGAGUAUCAUCUAGAGGAUAACCUGAUGUGGAUUAUGCACUUGGCUUUGUCUUGACAAAUAAUAUAUGCGGUAUUGCUUGUAAGAGAGGUCUUGUUUUCUGAUCUUAUCCUGGAUUGUAUUAAGGACAAUUCAUGUGGAUUAAGGAGAAUUCAGAAACAAAAUUUGGAACAUUUGCUAUAGUAUUUUCUGAUCUUAUCCUGGGAUGUACCUGAACUUAAUAUUCUCGGUUGUACCGGUUCAUUUCUGAGUUCAUUCCCUGAACUUGUUGACUAAUUUCAAUCUGUGAUGUGGCUCAAUUUUUUAAUAUA